AUGCCGGUCCUCCCCCCCACGCCCCCCACGCCUGAAGUCAGCCCCUCGCCGCGACUCCCCCUCCGGACAGCAGGGGGCGCCGCUCGGCCCCCGCGCUCGGUCUCCGCGCCGCGCUCCCCUCCGAAAGCCUCGCCUCGCCGGAAGUCCCGCCUCCGCCGGAAGUCGCGCGACGACGCGUCCCGGAAGAUGGCGGCGGCCUCGAGCACGGGGGCGGCCGGCCGGGGCGGCUCUGGAGGCCGCGCGGCGCGCACGAAGCGCGGCGGCGGGCGCCGCGGCCUCGGCGGGGGCGGCGCGGGGGCCCUGAAGCGUCUGCGUCUGGCCGUGCGGGGCUUCGUGCGGGCCGCCGCCGCCGCCGGCGAGGCCCCCGCGGGCGCCGAGGGCCGGGGCUGCGCGGCGCGCUCCCGCGCGGGCGGCGGCCAGAGCCGCCAGGAGCUGCGCCGGGAGAGGCGGCGGCGGCGGCGGCGGGCCCCGAGCCAGGCCCCGGCCCCGCCGCCCCGCGCCGGGGAGGCCCAGAGCCAGGCCCCGGCCCCGCCGCCCCGCGCCGGGAAGGCCCCGGCCGGCCCCGGGAAGGCCGCCGCCGCCCGGCAGCGGGCGCUGCUGUUGGCCAACGAGGAGGAGGACCGGGAGAUCCGGAAGCUGGAGCGCCGCCUGGGCUGGCACAAGCGCAGGAAGAAGGGCGACGGCGGCUCGGUGCCGCUCAGCUUCGCGCGGGACGGGCUGGACUACAUCCUGGGGGCCCUGGAGCCCCGGGGCGGCCUGGGCGGCGGUGACAGCGGCGGGGAGGAGGCGGCGGCGGCGGCGGCGGCGGCGGGACGACACACCCGCCCCGGGAGCGACCCGGGGAGCGAGGAGGAAGAGGAGGAGGAGGAGGAGGAGGAGGAGGAAGACGAGGACGAGGACGAGGCCGAGGCGCGGGGGGAGAGCGCACCGAAGAGAGUCCGUUUUGCAGACGAAGAGGAAACCCGGAGUUCCUCGGAAGACGAAGACACGAGCCAGAGUUCCUCGGAAGAGGAAGAGGACGACGGGCCGUGUCAGGAGAGCCCUUGUGAGCCUAGUAGAAAGUACAUCCCACCUCGGGUGAGGCCGGAGGAGGGCACAGGGGAUGUCCGCAAGAAGGAAGAACUAGAAAGGCUGAAGAAGCAGGUUAAAGGCCUCAUGAACAGGCUGAGUGAGCCGAACAUGGCCUCCAUCAGUGGGCAGCUGGAGGAGCUGUACAUGACCCACAGCAGGAAGGACAUGAGCGACACCCUUACCGCAGCCCUCAUGGGCGCCUGCGCCACUGCCACGGCCAUGCCCAGCAGACUGAUGAUGGAGCACGUCCUCCUCGUUAGCAUCCUUCACCACACGGUUGGGAUCGAGGUUGGCGCGGGCUUUCUGGAGGCUGUGGUGAGGAAGUUUGAUGAUGUCUAUAAAAAUGGAGGUGAAGACAAAGAGUGUGACAACCUAUUCACCAUCGUUGCCCAUUUGUACAACUUCCACGUGGUGCAUUCUCUUCUUGUCUUUGACAUUUUGAAGAAACUUAUUGGAACUUUCACAGAAAAAGACAUUGAACUAAUCCUAUUAAUGCUGAAAAACGUGGGCUCUGCCCUGAGGAAAGAUGACCCGUUGGCAUUGAAGGAGCUGAUCACAGAAGCCCAGGCCAAGGCCAGCAGGGCGGGCUGCAGAUUUCAGGACCAGACCAGGAUACGAUUUAUGCUGGAGACGAUGCUGGCGUUAAAGAACAACGACAUGCGCAAAAUUCCAGGUUAUGACCCUGAGCCUGUGGAGAAACUGAGGAAGUUACAAAGAGCUCUGGUGCGCAGUGCUGGCUCAGGUUCUGAGACUCAACUUCGUGUCUCCUGGGAUGGGAUCUUGAAUGCAGAGCAAACCGGCCGCUGGUGGAUCGUGGGGUCUGCGUGGAGUGGAGCCCCCAUGAUCGACAGCAGUCACCAUACACACCUGCAGAAACCACUUGCUGGCAAGGUGAGCUCAAAGAUGCUGGAGCUUGCCCGGAAGCAAAGGAUGAACACCGAUGUCAGGAGGAACAUAUUCUGCACAAUCAUGAUGAGUGAGGACUUUCUGGAUGCUUUUGAAAAGCUACUCAAGCUGGGGCUGAAGGAGCAGCAGGAGAGAGAGGUGGUCCACGUGCUCAUGGACUGCUGCCUGCAAGAGAAAACAUACAACCCCUUCUACGCCUUCCUGGCCAGCAAGUUCUGCAGCUAUGAGCGGCGGUUCCAGAUGACUUUCCAGUUCAGCAUAUGGGACAAAUUUCGGGACUUAGAAAAUUUGCCAGCCACUAACGUCUCAAAUUUGGCUCACCUCGUAGCGCACUUGCUGAAGACAAAAUCACUUCCACUUUCCAUCCUGAAGGUGGUCGAGUUCAGUGAGCUUGACAAACCCAGAGUUCACUUUUUACGGAAAGUGCUAACUAUUGUGUUAAUGGAAACAGAAGUUGAAGACCUGGGUUUGAUUUUUGCCAAAGUGUCUGAGAACCCAAAGCUGGGCGUGUUGCGGGAAAGCCUGAAGCUCUUCAUUGGCCACUUCUUACUGAAGCACGUGCAGGCCCACCAGAGUGCCGAGGAGGCCAGCGAGCUGCGAGAGAAGGCUGGCCUGGCCACCAAGUCUCUUCAGGGCAAAGCCAUGCUGAGGAUGUAGGGCUGCGGAGCACAAGCGGUACUCGACCAAAAUGUCCUGUCGUCUAGUGUGUAGCCACGUGCAUGUUACAUCCUACAGCAGCACGCUUAUUUUCUGAACAUCAGGAGAGUGUAAAAGGGCUUAACAACUCUCAUCACAUUUUAAAUACUGUAUUGUGAGAGAUUAUUUGGUUACAAGGUUUAAGCAUCCUGCUUAAACUACACCCCAGUCCUUGAGAUAAUUUUUGUAAUCCAAGCUUAUAUUGUAAUACAAGCUUAUAAAAUAACACGUAUUUAAGUUGGGAGAGAGGUGAGUGCUUCCGUGGGCUGUGUUUUCUAUCCUGACCCAUCUCCAUGCUUGUCUUAAUUCCUGUAAUGAUGAACUCUGCCACUAGAGGGUGCUAAUGGUCAUUAAUUGAUGGAUUGUCUUUUAUAUUGGUCAAAAGGUUAAAAACCAGUUAACUGUGAUACUUGAUGUGUUUAUUAAUACUUUCAAUGCAAUUGAAUUUUGACAAAGUCAGUUGAUAGUCUUGUAAAUAUCUACUACUGUGGAUUGAAAUUUUUUAUUGCUCAUCCAACAUUUUGAUGCAAUAGAGGUUAUUUUAUAUA